AUGACAACAGUUGACCCGCUUUCGCGCGGCGAAAUCAUCCAGCAACUGGACGGCACCUACGAGUUGUUCUCCCUGCCUACGGACGAGGACACUCUGCGCGGCAUUCUGGAGGACUGCCUGGCCGAAUGGGAGCACGUCCGAAUCGGCAUGCUGGUGCCCGGGGCGGUGUGGGAAAUCAAGCCUCCCUGCCAACCGCGUACCGGAUUCCUGGACGGCUACAUUACUGUGGACUUCCAGGAGUGGCACCUGCACCUGUGCAUUGGCGAGUCGAAAGCGGCGCCGCCGGAAACGGUCCGGCUGCGGCGCACUGCCCGCGCCGAACUUUAUCGCCGCCUAAACCCUGACCACCAGCCCACUUCCUGGGGGUUCCGCCUCUUCAACGGCGGCGGCCAGCAGCAGAUUACCGUCCUGUUGCCCAAUCCCCACCUAGAUGAAGAGCAAAACUACAUGGACAGUCCAGACUGGGACCGGCUGUACCUGUGGGACCGGCUGAGGGAGAAAUACCUUUCCCAAGGCUACGAUCCGGUAGACCGCUCGGCCUCCAGGUUCUUCCAUGGCUGA